AUGAACUCGAUUCAGAAGAUAAACUCUAUAAAUCAGAAGGAGCUUGAUAGCAAUGUUACAGAUUCAGCAUCCUGGCAUGCAGAUUACAGAGAUACGCCUUAUAUAUAUAUAGGAUUCUUGCCCCAAGAACUUCUGGAACCAGAUAUUCUAGCUAUAUUCUCUCAGUACGGGAUACCGACUCAUAUAAAUUUAAUAAAAGAUAAAGAAAGUGGCAAAUCCAAGGGGUUUUGCUACUUGAAAUACGAAGACUAUAGAUCAUGCGUCUUGGCCAUUGACAAUUUUAAUGGGAUAUCGGUGUUGGACAAGAAGUUGAAGGUGGAUCAUGUUUAUUUUCAAUUGAAAGAUGGCCAGAAUGAGGACGACUUUAUAGUAGACUACAGAGAUGCCAAGAAGCAAGCUAAGGAGAAAAAACAAGUUGAAGGCAAAGAGAAGAAGUUGUUGACUUAUGCUGAUUCUAAGAAUAAUGGACAUGGUGCCCUCGCAUCGCUCAGCAAAGCUGAUGGCUCAGACGAAUCCAAAGACCCCAUAGAUGAAUUUAAGGAUCCGAUUGAAGACUUUAAAGAUCCAAUGGAGGAAUACAUGAGAGAUAGGAAGAGACAUAAGUCAAGUAAAUCAAGUGGGUCUAAGUCAAGCUCUCAUAGGACAUCAUCCUCGCAGAGCUCUACUCGUAGGAGCUCUUCCCAUGGGAGUUCUUCCCGUGGAAGCUCGUCCCACAGAAGCUCGUCCCACAGAAGCUCGUCUCAUAGAAGCUCGUCUCAUGGAAGCUCGUCUCAUGGAAGCUCCUUGCAUUCGAAAUCAAAGGACUCAGAGAACAAUUAA